UAAAGUCCCGCUGCGUCUGCGGCUCCUUCACUGACUGAAACUAAACCGCUACUGCUGCUCAGCUUCAGAAACACUCCACAGUUUACCAGACUAUCCCCACUCGUUUCUCCUCCAGUUUUAUUCUGGGCUGCAGUCAUAACAAUGAAGGAGAGAAGACUCCCGCAGCCUUUUGUGGCGAGGUGUAAACUGGUCCUGGUUGGAGACGUUCAAUGCGGUAAAACAGCGAUGCUGCAAGUGUUGGUGAAGGACUGCUAUCCAGAGACUUACGUCCCCACUGUGUUUGAGAACUACACGGCUUGUCUGGAGCUUGAAGACCAGCGUGUUGAGCUCAGUCUGUGGGACACAUCAGGCUCUCCAUAUUACGACAACGUCAGGCCCCUCUGCUACAGCGACUCAGACGCAGUGUUGCUAUGCUUUGACAUUAGCCGGCCGGACACAGUAGAUGGUGCUCUGAAGAAGUGGAAAGCAGAGAUUCAGGACUUCUGUCCCAACACUCGAAUCCUGCUCAUAGGCUGUAAGACAGACCUCCGAACGGAUGUGUGCACACGCAUGGAGCUGUCCAAUCAGAAACAGGCUCCAGUCUCCCAUGAACAGGGUUCAUCUUUGGCCAAGCAGCUCGGUGCUGAAGCUUAUCUGGAGUGCUCGGCUUUUACUUCGGAAAAGAGCAUCCACAGUGUUUUCCGUACCGCAGCUCUUGCCUGCAUGAAUAAACUGCAGCCUCCCAACAAACCCAGCCCGGUCCGCCGCCUCUCCAAAAGACUGCUACACCUUCCCAACAAGACAGAUCUCCUUAGCAAGGACAAGUCCAAAAGUUGCUCCAUCAUGUGAACACAGCAAGGAGCGUGCUCGGAGUAUGGAAAGAGAGGACAGUAUUCUACCUGGUUCAGGUGGGGUUCAGGGUGUGCAAGGGAAAGAGAGCAAUCAUCGAGAUUUUCACAAAACCUUUUACUCUUUUGCAUCAUCCUCCUCUAACUCCUGGCUGCCACAGUUUCCACAGAGAGAAACUAUUUGAAGUGGAGUUUCAUGAUCCUGUACAAAUGGAGAGAAACAUGUUGCAGCCCCACAUAAAGGUUGUUGUGAAUCAGCUUAACAAUGCUCCGUUUCUUAACUCGUUCAUGAAGGAAGCAUUGUUUCCUCUCCAUUAAAGUGAUGAAAUCCAUUUAAAGCUCUGAUAGCAGUGCCGUAUCCCAUCCAUCUCUCUGUCCGGAUGCCGUUUAAAGGUCACAGCAUAGGCUGAGUGAUGAGAACGUAAAAUCUGAGAAUGAAGCUGCAUCUGCAGAAACCUAGCUGAGGAGAUCGUAAAAAAUUAUUCCCCCACCAGAGCUCUCGCCGUAAUAUCUAUUUUGAAAUUAAAGUUGACAGCAGAACAAAAAAGAUGACAAAAAGGGAGGGAUUUGGCAAGCGGUGCGCUCAUUUGCAGAAGGCAGUGGGAGGACAAAGUGAGUCCGUGAAGAAGUGCAAUGUGAUUCAGCACUACCAUGAGCCGCAAGGUCGAAAAGGGUGGAAGCAUUUUGUUAAAUACUUUCCACCUGUUUUCAGGAGGUUCUCUGCCAUGCACCAUCACCACACAAGUUCAGCAACCAUAGCUAUUUAUUUUAGUGGCGUUACAUGGAGGAAUUAUAUUUCCAGACUGUUAAUGGGUUCAAUUUUCAUUUUGUUUACUUUUUUCUUAGUCUUUUUUUAUAUAGAAGAGACCAAGAAAAGAGGAUUUUUUUGUGCUCCAAAAUAAGUAAAUGGAUUGUCUAUGUUUCAGAAAUACUCUUCCUCACGGACAAUAAGGGGAAAAAUUGUUCAGCUUGGUUCUACAAAUAUGUACUCAUUACAGCCUACUGUCCUGAAACCUGGCCAGAAGACAUCACACCAGUGACUAAUCAGUUAGCACCCCAAAAUAAAACUAAACCUGAUAUAUCUUU